UUGAAAAUAUUAAGAUAAAGCGAGAUAAAUGAAAAUGAUCGAAGCCGAAAUGAGUCAAUUUCGAGAGCUGGAAAAAUCCGUGCGCUGGUACCGUGGCAUGUCCGCCCAACAGAUACGAGCGUGCAACAAAUUGUUGCACGCGUUGCGCGACGACAUCGAACAGGAAUCGACGUACAGAGUGCGUGAAUGUCUCUCGUUGUUGGGAUUGCAACCAAUAGCUAAUGCCAAGCAGAUAAAGACUAUAAUUGAUAUUAGUUACAUCAACGAUUUGGCCUUCCUUUGGUUCCUGUGGGAGGCCUACUACAAGAAGCCGCACAGCUGUUUGGGCGAGUACAAUGAUUUCACGAUCAAUGAGCAGUUGAUAUUGUCAGCUAUUGCUCAUCUGGAUAUGACGUCGACUAUGCGGGGACUGGAUAAAAUAUUGCCAAUUUCAGAUCACUCCAAGAAGUAUCAGGAAUUGCGCCGUGCCAGGGUGCAAAAGCUAACCGAACAGAGGCAACCAAAGUUGAAAACCCGCACGAAAGAAAAUGUAAAUAGUUCACCAUAUUCAGUUAGACAAGUGCGACCCAAGUACUUUGCACCCAUUUCGUCCCUUUCUAAGCCCAGGGAUCGCAAGGUUGUAUUUCCCCAUUACGACAGAUACAAGGAUCCAAUGUAUAUUAUACCCAAUGAGAGUUCCCGUUGGUUUGCCAGAUAUGAAAUGUCACCAGCGAAGCGGGAGGUCAAAAAAUGUAUAUCCGAUGCACUUGCUCAGCUCUUUGCGGAUGACAGUGUGCAAUUUCCUAAUCCCCUCUGCACUAUGCAUCGCCAUGUGAAGUAUUCGACGACUAGGAAGCAGCAACAGCUCAAGUUAGAGACGAUUCAGCGUUGCAUGCAAAUGCUGGAUGUGAAGGCAUCUCAGAGGAAGCAGCGCAGCGAACGCAUUGUCCAGCAACUGCAGCGAGAGGUGGAAUCCGCUGCACGUAAAUUGGAACUGUAUAAGCGACGCCAGCUAACGGCGUUGCGGAAGAUUACUGGAAGGGAAAGCCAUUGCCAGAGUUGUCAGAUGUGUACACAGCUGGUUGCAACGCCAGGUGUUGAACCAAGGUCAAAAGGUAAUUUCACCUUUCUGAUCUCAUCGGAUUUUGAAAUGCCUGGUGAUCCCGUAAGCAACCAAGCGGGCAAGUUGGAUGACGAGCAGGAUAUCCAUGUGCUGCAAUGGGGUAGAGAGAAACAUUAUAAAAAAAUACAUCUAGAGGCCAAUAAAGAGGAUUCACUCCAUCCACAAAUCAAUUUCACUGGCAGCAAAGCCCACUGUCCCAGUAAUGCCAAAAUGCCAAGAUUCUGUAAGUCGCAGUGUAAAGACGAAGACGCCAGAAUUCUGAUACUCAAUGACGAUGGUAAAAAUGUGCGCAAAUUGAAACCAACAGAAGUCUGCAAGUCUCCCAAAGAAAACAGCUCAUCCGAAACUGAGGAGUUCAAAUAUUGUUCUAGGAGAACCAUGAAGAAUGGUUUGUUGCAGUGGGACUUUUUCAAGAUAUUUGACGCAUAUUUACAUAAGAGAAGCACCGAUGCAGAGCCAUUGAUCAGAAGCUAUUGCAUACAAGCACUGAAUAAGGCUAUGGAAGGUCAUCAAGCAUUGCACAAAUAUCUUCAUUCUCCACAAACCUCUUCCGUUGCAGCGGACAAAUGUGCAAAGCAAAUAUUUCGAGAAUCUUACGGAAUCUUGGAGGAGUGUCUGAAGCAGCGAGAAGUUGCACAAACUGAUAGACUUCAAAUCACAAAUAUAGAUCCAGAAGAUAAGCCAAGGUUGAUGGACCUGUUGAAAAUAGCAAUGAAUAAGCUAAAAGAUAAUCCACAUUAUGUUUUAGUCACUCUACCGAAUGCACACAAAUUGCCGAUUUUACUUGAUUGGAUAGCCGAUAGAUAUGGGAAGACCUACAGCUAUCUGCAAAUGAAUAAGUUGGUCAACUCCAGUCGCAUUGUCUACGAGCAGCUGAUGAAACAAGCUGCCCAAAAGGCAUUACCAUUGCCCGAACCUGUUGGUUCUCACAAGAAUUUGUCGUGUCGUCUUAAGGAAAUCAAUGCGGAAUAUCAUGGGAGACUCAAUAAAAUAGCGCUGGAGAACUCGCGUCUUAUCUGGCUGGCAUUGCGUGGCUACUCCCAUCUGACCGACUCCAAACAGGAGACCUUCUUUGCGUAUAUGCCCACCAAGGAGCAGGAUUUUUUGCGCCAUAAUCUCUGGAAAUCGAGCGACUAUCGCAAAAUCGAUAGCAUGCGCAAAGUCUUGAAGAAAAGUUUAAAUUGAGCUGAAGUUGCCGUAUCGGAUAAAUUGAUUUUGAAAUGUUCAUUCAAUGUAUUCGAUACUGCAUCAGCAGAUCACUUAAAGUAUUUGGAGCAUUGUUUAUUUUUCAAACCAAAAAAAAAGUCUUUUU